ACCACUUGGAGAAACUGCUCUUGAAUCUUUUCCAAUCUGGAGAGGUUCAUAAUUUUGAGAAAAUAAUCGUUAUCGUUGAAGGCGUCUACUCAAUGGACGGUUCUAUCUUGCGACUUCCGGAACUCCUCAGGCUAAAAGCAAUAUUCAAGUUUUACAUCUACCUCGAAGAAGCUCAUAGUUUCGGCGCCAUGGGACCAAACGGAGAUGGGAUCGUGGACUAUUUUAACUGCGACCCAAGCGGAGUGGACAUUUACAUGGGCACAUUUUCAAAAAGUUUGUGGGCGGCGGGUGGAUAUAUGGCUGGUUCCCGCCAACUCGUCCAGCAUUUGCGGGAAAAUGGUUAUGCUCACCUCCACGCUACUGCGAUGCCACCACCGAUCGCGCAGCAAAUAAUCAGCGCCAUCGAAUCCCUAAUGAGUGAGGAUGGUAAGUCCCGGUUGGCGAGGUUGAAGAGCAACUCCGCGUAUUUCAAGGGGGAGCUGAUAAAGCGUGGGUUCUUCGUCUACGGUGAUCUGGACUCGCCGUCGGCUUGUGUGGCUUGUCCAAACAUGGGAAAGAUUGGGUUUAUUCUGAGGGAGUUGAGAAAUAGGGGUGUCCUGGCUACGGGGGUGUCACACCCCGCCGUCGGCACUACGGAGGGCAGACUGAGAUUCUGUAUGAGUGCGGCUCACUCCAAAGAAUCAUUGGAUUAUGUUGUGACCCAACUGACCCAAGUGGCCGAUCUAGUUUACCUGAGAGAUUCCAAGAUUGCGGAGAAUUCGGCGAAAAUUAUUUUUGGAAAGAAGAUUCAUGAAAUGUCGAGCUAUCUACAACUAUGAAUCAAAAUCUCAUAAUUAUAAGCGUAUCACGCAUGCACGGAAUACGUAUG